AUGGCCAAUGAGGUUUUAAUAGUGAACUGCGACAAUACCUACCCGUUAGAGUCUGUGGAGGAAUUGAUCAAACUUGCUAGUCCAAAUAUUCGGGUCGACAGACAAUAUUGUAACGUGUCAGAGUUACAGGAUGUGAGUGAGGAAGUCAGGCGGCGGCAGCUCCUGUGCGGGGUGUUUGUAGUGAACGCGUAUGAGUCAUGUCUAAAUUUUCACGAGGAAACAGCCGGGUUUCGAUAUGCUGUGUUGUACGGGGCACUACUGGAGGCAGCGCGAGGACGAGUGGUUGUCGUGAUCGGCGGAGAUGACAGGUACAAGGACGGGGAGCAUGACAACAGCGUCCUGUCCACCUGGGCCUACAACAAGAUCGCCGCACAGUUUGACGACUCGUACCUGGACGGCAGGCGGGGCUUCGUUUUCUCCUGGGACGAGCGGCACAACCCGGUUCACGAGGAGGCUCUCGGACGGUACCUUGUGGCCAUCUCGUCAGGACAACGUGGCCUAGAGGAGCCCUUUAAGCCAAGCCCGACUUCAAGUCUAUUGCCAUUGUUAGAGCCAGGCAUGCCUUUGAGCACGUCCACUGACCUGACGGACAAAACACAAACCGGUCCUUCUACACCAUACACUAUGGAUCACUUUAAUGACCAUGAAACUGGGCGAAUCAUGGAGAAGCUUGAGAAAUGCAAGAAUAACAUUCAAGAAGACGACCCCGGCAGGAGAAUAAGAUUUGUAGCAUACCGGGUGCACGGAAAACUAGUGCCAGGAUUCGGAACAUUCUUUG